GCCCAGGUGUCCAUCCGCGCGCUGGGGUUCGACCCGACCAAGGAGGAGCUGCGCCGGAUCGUGUCCGAGAUGGACAAGGAGGGCGCGGGGAAGAUCGGCUUCGACGCCUUCUACUCCGUCAUGGCCCAGAAGAUGUCAGAAACCGAUUCCAAAGAGGACAUCCUGAAGGCCUUCAAGCUCUUCGUGGACAAGGACAGCGGCAGGAUCACCUUCAAGAACCUCAAGCAGAUCGCCGGCGAGAUCGGAGAGAAGCUCACCGACGAAGAGCUGCAGGAAAUGAUCAAUGAAGCUGACCUGGAUGGAGAUGGGGAGGUGAAUGAGCAGGAGUUUCUGAAAGUCAUGAAGAGGCGCGAUCACUAGGCAACACACUGUAUGAGCCCAGCCACAAUAUCCCAGGCUGAAUAAGGGUCCAUCCUGGCUGGGGAACAUCUGAGUUUCAGGUGAUUAAGAGAGAAGCUGUUCCAUCUUCAGCAAGAGAGACUCCACUAAGAAUCAAAAGUGCAGGAAUAGCCUGAUAUUUUGUGAUGGUGGCAAAAUGUUUCAUAGGAUUGGGGAGGGGGUGCAGCAGGGAGAGGAGUUGGGCUGGCCAGUCCAGUUUCACGCGGGGAGCUUCCAUUUUGCAUUCUCCGCUGAAUGUGAUGGUUUGUUCCUGAUGGUUUGUGAAGGUUUCCAUCAAAGCAAGGUCGGUGCAGGGGCA